GGGCAGGCAAGAAAGAGGGCGGUUUCCUGCGUGCUGCCGGACUUCGUGAAGUUUCCUACUUGCAGUCACUACCAAUUAGGAAGAAGGGCCGAUAGUGUUUAAACUAUGUACGGUGUGUAGGAAUGCAUCCGUCACCCGUGAUAAGUCUGCUAUCCUCCAUGCAGCUCCCAGGUUUGUCCAGCUUGAAGGGCUUAUCUAGGCUAGGACCCCAGAAUUCCACCAGUGUGACCAGCCGCUCCCAAACACAGCUACUCCGAAAAGUUUUGGGAAAUGGGACAAACUCCCAACGUUUUGUUUCUUAUGUUUAAAUUUAUUGUAAAUACAGUCGAAGAGCCUAGAUUCAGAAACUUCUGAUCCUUCUGCCUCCGCCUCCCAAGUGCUCUGAUUACUGGCCGAAGGGUAACUCAUCUCUACCCGGCACAAACUGGAAUGCAGUGUAGAAGCUGGAGGUUCUCAGAGACUAGGAAACAUGCAACUUUAAACUGCAACAUGGUAACUUUGAGAAAUGUGAGGGCCUUUGUGGAAAGCAGAAUACCGCUUCAGCCGGUCUUGAAAUGUUAGUGUAAGUUAGUUAUCUGAAGGUGACCCGGUGAUAUUUGCAAGGAUACAGAUCUGGAAGUGACUUCUCCGGCGAGACUGGAGGAGCUGGAGCUGCACUUAGCUGAGGCCACAGCAGGUAGGAGUUGUUCCAUGUUGCCAGGAAGCUUCUGGGGCAGAGGAUGUUCGACAGACUAAUGAAGAUGACCGUCUAUGGCCAUUUUGUGGCUGGCGAGGACCAGGAGUCUAUCAGGCCUCUGAUCCGGCACAACAAAGCCUUCGGUGUUGGCUCCAUACUGGACUAUGGAUUGGAGGAAGAUCUGAGCCCUGAGGAGGCAGAGCGCAAGGAGAUGGAGUCAUGCACUUCUGACGCAGAGAGAGACAGCAGUGGCACAAAUAAGAGGGAGAAGCGAUAUCAGGUCCACCCUGCCUUUGGAGACCGCCGAGAUGGGCUCAUCUGUGCCCGGACCUACUUCUAUGCCAAUGAAGCCAAGUGUGACAACUACAUGGAGAGUUUACUGCAAACCAUCGAGGCCUCAGGUGGAGCCAGUGACGGUGGUUUCUCAGCCAUUAAGCUCACUGCACUGGGGAGACCACAGUUUCUGUGGGGCUCACAUCUGCACUGGCAGCUGCAGUUCUCAGAUGUGCUGACCAGGUGGAGACGGUUCUUUCAUCAAAUGGCUGCAGAGCAGGGACAGUCUGGGCGUGCUGCUGUAGACACGAAGCUGGAGGUGGUGGUACUCCAGGAAAGCAUCGCAAAGAUGGGCAUCGCGUCCAGGGCUGAGAUCGAGGGGUGGUUCACACCAGAGACGCUGGGAGUGUCUGGCACUGUGGACUUGCUGAACUGGAACAGCCUUAUUGACAGCAGGACCCAGCUCUCCAAGCACCUGGUGGUUCCCAAUGUGCAGACAGGCCAGCUAGUGCCCCUGCUGUCACGUUUCACCGAGGAGGAGGAGCAGCAGAUGAAGAGGAUGCUACAGAGGAUGGACGUGCUGGCCAAGAAAGCCAGAGAUUCAGGUGUGCGGCUGAUGAUAGAUGCUGAGCAGAGCUACUUCCAGCCGGCCAUCAGCCGCCUGACCCUGGAGAUGCAGCGGAGGUUCAAUGUGGAUAGGCCGCUCAUCUUCAACACAUUCCAGUGCUACCUCAAGGAUGCCUAUGACAAUGUGACCAUGGAUUUGGAACUGGCUCGCCGUGAGGGCUGGUGUUUUGGGGCCAAGCUGGUGCGUGGUGCAUACAUGGCCCAAGAGCGUGCCAGGGCUGUGGAGAUCGGCUAUGAGGACCCCAUCAACCCGACAUACGAGUCCACCAAUGCCAUGUACCACAGGUGAGAGGGCCUUCUGUGCCUUCUUGGAACGAUGCAAGAGAACCUUGGCCCCGAGUGUGAUGGCCCCAUUCAGGCAGAGCCAGUUUCCGGAGGGCAAAGGUGCUAUUUCUGCUACUGUCACCAUUUUUCCAAAACAUCAGAUUUUUCCUCUUUUGAAUAUGGAUAAGUAAGUACUGGCCUCUGUGCCCCCCAGUUGGCUUCUGCUGACACUUGAAACAACUGAUUCAGCUCAUGUAGCAGGGUGCUUGCCUAACAUGCCUGAAGCCCUGGGUUUGAACCCCAGCACCACAUAAACCAGGCCUGAUUGAUUGUGGACACCUUUAAUCCCAGCACUUGGGAGGAGGAAGCAGGGAAGAUCAGUAGUUCAAAGUCAUGCCUGGAUGAGAGAGGGGAGGGGGUAAGGAGAAAGAGAUCCAUCCUAGGUGCCUGGCUUGCCCCACGUGGCAGGCUCAACCUGUCAGCUUUGCAGCUCAGCAUGGCAGUCCGGGACGGUGGCACACCCGCUCUUUCUGCCGCUUCUGACUGGGGUCUCUUGUGCAGUUGUUCUGGACGUUAUGGAGAAUGAUCUAGGCUAGCUGUGCCUUCA